AUGAAUGGUGAGCCGAACCUGCGGGCAGUGAUGGGCGCAGCUUUGGACGCUUACCUUUUCACAGAGAGGCAACGUGCUGAAGAGACCAAUGAGCUGAGCAUGGAAAUGAAGAAGGUUCGGCUCAACAUGCAGGAGUAUGCAAACUCUUCACAGCAACGGAUUCAAGACGAGAUCUCCCACCUCACCAACGAGAUCUUGUCCAUCCGCGACAGCCUCGCCAGCGAGCUGCAGGCGCUGCGAGACGUGCAAGCUUCUGAUGCCGCAAAGCUGCGUGAGGCAUUGGACACAUCUGGUUGGAAGCUGCGAGAUCAGCAGACGGCAGAGGUUGGCAAGCUGCGAGAAGCCUUCCAACUGGAGCUCAAGAACCUUCGAGACGAAGUAUCCCGCGCCUCGCGGGAGGCCCGCGGCUUUGAGGCCCAGGCGGCCUCAAGUCUGCGGACAGAGGUGGCGCAGCUGAGAGGCGAGCUGGACCAACAGAGGUCCGAGGCGAAGCUGCGAUCAGACGAGCUGCGGCGCAUUGGCUCUGAUCGACUCUUAGAGCGGGAGGAGGAGCUGAGGACGGAGCUCAAGUCUUUGAGAGCCGGCCUCACGUCCCAGGGCGCAGACCUGUCGGCGGUUCAGCGAGAGCUCACGGACCUGUCGGCACUGCAGGAGCUCAGCGCCCACCAGACAGAUGUCCAUGGCCUGAGGGGCGACCUGGACCUGUGCAAGUCGGAUCUCGCCACCUGCCGGGCAGAGGUGUCGUCCAGCUCCUCGCUCUUGGCCCAAGUCAAGUCGGAGCUGGGCAGCGUGCAGUCGGAGAGCUCCAGCUGGCGCCAGGCCCUGGAGGACCAGCGCUGCGAGUGCGGGGCUCUGCGGUCUGAGCUCACCACCCAGCGCUCGGACUUGGAGUCCCAGAAGUCCCAGCUGGCGGCGUGUGAGUCUGAUGUCUCGCAGCUCUCCUUCCAGGUUCCCGCCCUCAAGGAGGAGCAAAGUGCCCAGCUUCGGGAGCUCAGCCUCGACGUCACCCAGGUGCGCAAGGAGCAUUCAGACUUGCGGAAGGAGCUGCUUGAGGCUCGCGAACAGAUUGGCGGAGUUGGCAAGGAGGCUGCGAGCACCCAGAGUCGGGUGCAGGCCCUCGAGAAGGAUUCGUCCUCACUGCAGGGCCGCAUGGUCACCCUGCAGAAGGGCCUCGAGCGACGCGGUGAGGAGGCCUCGGAGGCCCAGCGCCGGCUGGCGGAGCUGCGCCAGGAUCUGCAGAAGGAGCAGGGCCAGGGAAGCAAGCUGCAGAAGGAGUUGGCAGAGGUGCAAAGCCACCAUGGUGAUGCGCGGAAGGAAUUCUUGGAGCUGCAAGGGCAUUUGAGCGACUUGCGCCGGGAAGUUGCAAGGAAGGAUAGCGCAGCCCUGGACUUCCGACAGGAGAUGGAGAAGACCCGGGCAGCAGAGAACGAGCUUCGCAAGGACUUGACUCUCGCUUACCAGUUGGAAGCGGCGAACCUCCGCAAGGAGCUUCUGCAGAAAGAGGAGGGCCUGAACGGCGAAUUUGCCGCCGCACAGGCACGGGUGAAGGAGCAGAUUGCCAAUGAAGUGAGGAGGUUGAUGAAUGAGGUGCACAGCAUCGCCCAGCGCGGCCAUCAAACAGAACAGCAGCUCAAGGACGAGGUGCUGCGGCUAGGCAAAGGCCUCCGGAAAACAGAAGAGGAGGCCUCAGAGCUCCGCAAGGAGGUCCACGAGGCCUGCAGCGCCAUUGAGGACCAGCGACGGGAGGUUGACGCGCAUCUCUCCCUGCGGAUCAGCGAGGUGCAGCAGACUUUGCAAUCUGAGUUCAAGGUGGCAGAUGCGAACUUGCACGCUGAAGUGGCAACCUCUGCUGCAAACGACCGGUACAACCUGGGAGUUGAGAUGGAGCGACUUCGGGCAGAUUUGGGACAGGUGGAUUUGCUGAGAACCUCAGUGGCACAGGCCCAGGAGCUGGCGAGCCGACUGGGAUCACAUGAGGUCAUCGCCACUUUGCGAGUGGACCAGUUCUCCUCUCACCUGUCUUUGCCUUGCGAUUACGAGUUCCCACUGGUGGCGAGCAGGUGUGUGAUCCGCCUGAAGCCCAACCGCAAGGCUCGACGUGCACCCGUUACCCUUCAGAUUUGUGUGCACCAGUUGGUUUAA